UGACGUCGCAUCAUUGUGGGCGGGAUCUGUCCAGUGUGAAAUUAUAGUGUGGGAAAACGCCCUAAUCAAAAGUCGAAAAGGAACGUCCCAUCCUACUGUAGUUUGUGUUGUAGCGAUUUGACUGCCACGUUGCAUUAUCUUGCAGGAUAAUUUUGUUCGGACACUGCUGUUUUCAGGAAGAUGGACAAGGGAAAAACGCCGUGCUGCAGCCCCGUUUUUGUGCAAAACCCACACCUAAAUUCACUGAAAGAGGACUUCCUUUACCACUUCGAUCUAGGAACUGGCACUCAUGACCUACCAGCUAUGUUCGGUGAUGUCAAAUUUGUGUGUGUCGGCGGGAGUCCCUCGAGAAUGAAGGCAUUCAUUGAGUUCAUGGCCUCUGAGCUCGGUAUGGAAGACCCCAAAUCAGAGUACCCAAAUAUCUGUGCUGGAACGGACCGUUACGUCAUGUACAAAAUUGGCCCUGUGCUCUCUAUCAGUCAUGGUAUGGGCAUACCAUCUAUUGCCAUCAUGUUGCACGAGCUGAUAAAGCUCCUCCAUCAUGCACGUUGCAAAGAUGUUACAGUUAUACGUCUUGGGACAUCAGGUGGAAUAGGACUCGAGCCCGGCACUGUUGUCAUUACCAAACAGGCUUUGGAUGGCACCUUUUUGCCCAAGUAUGAGCAGGUGAUCUUGGGGAAGAACGUUGUGCGCGAUACCGAUCUGGACCAAAGCCUGGCUCAGGAGCUGUUGCAGUGCAGCAAGGAGCUGAACCAGUUUGAGACAGUAAUUGGCAACACCAUGUGCACACUGGAUUUCUACGAAGGGCAAGCCCGUUUGGAUGGCGCUUUCUGCUUCUACACUGAGAAGGAUAAACAGGACUACCUGAAUAAAGCCAAUGAAGCAAAAGUCUGCAACAUUGAAAUGGAAUCAACUGUUUUUGCUGCCAUGUGCAAACUGAGCGGCCUGCGAGCUGCUGUGGUCUGCGUGACACUCCUGGAUCGGCUGAAGGGGGAUCAGAUAAGCAGCUCUCAUGAACUCCUUCAAAGUUUCCAACAACGUCCUCAGAUACUGGUGAGCCACUACAUCAAGAAGCAGCUGGGCGCCAAAGCCGCCGAACGUCACUGAAGUCAGCCGUUACACUCGUGUGCAGAGUAUGCAUCAAAUUCUAAAUAUAUUCUAUGCAUGAUUACUUUAGCAUUGUUAACGUAGUCGGCUAUAUGUAUACUCUGACAAAAAAAUUAUAAAAAAACUGUAUUUUUCUACUAACAGAAAAUUACUUUCUCAUUUAUUUUCCAUAAUUAAAAUACAGUUUGUACUUGUAAUUUUAACAAGAUUGUGCCUUAUC